AUGCAGAAAAUUAGUAGUUCAACAAUUUCUUCAGUUCAUGAAAGUAUGUUGAAUAGUCCAGUUAUAUCUAACAUAACUAAUAAAAGUUCUAAUAUUUCUACUUCAACAACUGAUACAUCUGCCACUAAAGGAUUUUAUAAAGAAGGCGGUUCAAUAGGAGAAUAUAAAAUUCAAAAAACUAUUGGAAAGGGAUCAAGUGCUAAAGUAUUUCUGUGUGUUAGUAAGACUGGUAAAAGAGUAGCUAUAAAAGUUAUUAAUAGAAACAAUAAUAUUGUAAACAGAACCAGAAUAUUAAGAGAGAUUGUUAUUGGCACACUUCUUAAUCAUCCACAUAUAGUGAAAGUGAUAGACUUCUUUUAUGAUAGUGUGUACUUUUAUAUUGUGUUUGAGUAUGUUGAUGGGAUUGUUUUAUAUGAUAAAAUACUUGAUAGUCAUUUAAAUAAAUCAGAACCACUUCCAAUUGAAAAGGCUAGAAAAUAUUUUAGGCAAAUAACAUCAGCUAUUGAUUAUCUUCAUAAAAACAGUAUUGUUCAUAGAGAUCUUAAAAUAGAAAAUAUAAUUAUAGACACUGAUGAUAAUGUGAAGAUAAUUGAUUUUGGUUUGAGUAAUUUUUUUGAUAGCAGAGCAGUUCUUGAUACUUUUUGUGGAAGUUUAUAUUUUGCAGCACCUGAGCUUUUAAUGGGAAAAAGAUAUAAUGGUCCAGAAAUAGAUAUUUGGUCGUUGGGAGUAGUGUUGUAUGUAAUGGUUUAUGGUAAAGUGCCUUUUGAUGAUGAAUCAAUACAUGAACUACAAGCUAAAAUAAAAACUUGUAAAUUUAAUUUUCCUAAAAAUAGAAAGACUAAUCCAGAUUUGGAAGAUUUAAUUAUAAAUAUGAUUUUAUUAAAUCCUAAUCAGAGAUAUUCAAUGGAGGAUGUUAAAAACAGUAAAUGGAUAAAUGAAGGAUAUAAUGAGAAAAUUAAGAAUUAUUUCAUUAAGAGACAUCCUAUUAAUAAGAUAAAUAAGGAUUUUCUAUUAAUAUUAGAAAAUAUUACAUCCUAUCAAUUUGAUAGUGUUGAAGAUGAAAUGUGUAAGUAUAUUGAUAUAUGUAAAAAUGGAAACAAACUAGAAAGAAAGUAUUGGGAAAGUAAACCAAUUGUAUCACUUUAUUGUUUGUUAGUUGAAAAUUUAACUCAAUCAAAAGGUAAGUUUAUUGAUAAUUCUAACAAAAUUUACUGGGAAACUUCACCUAUAAUAGACUAUCUUAACUCUGAGAAUAGUAACAUUAAGUGUAUAAAAGAGUUCUUAUCAUUCAUUUCUGAGUCUAAAGAACCACUUAAUGAUAACAACUCAACACUUUAUAAACAAAAUUCUGUUUAUCCGUUAGUAAGAAGAUCUUUCCUAAAAGGGAUACUUAAAGGAAUUAAAGUAACUAAGAUCAAUGAAAGUAAGUUAAAACAGAAAUUAAUAAGGAUAUUUAUAAAACAUAAUAUAUCUUAUGAGGCUAAUGAAAAGUCAUACUUCUGUUCACUCUAUAAAGAAUCCUCAUUUGUUCAGUUUAGACUCUCUAUUUACUAUAACGUGGUUCUAGGAGAGUAUUACUUGACUCUUAAAAACCUAAAUAAGAGACAAGAUUUAUUUAAUGAAAUAUUUGCAGUCCUAAAAAGAGAACUAACUAGUGAAUAA